UCGGAGGUGCAGUGGUAAAGUGUAAAGUAGCAUGAAAAGGAACUGCUCAGAGCUGGACACAGUGAAGUGUACAGCUCUGACCUUUCCAGCGCUGUCUCAGGUCUGUGUGAGUGUUUGUGAGUUCAGGAUCUCGUCAGUGUGGAUUGGAUGCAGCUGUGCCUGUUUGCCUGGAAUCAGGUCCUGGAAGAUCCAGGAUCAGGUCAGGUGGUUCAGUCAUGGACGAGUUGGCGUUGGAGCGGUACUUUGAUGAUUCCAUUGCAAAUGACUCCAGCUUCAUGUUGGGGGAGGAGCUGGGCCUCCAGCAACCCACCCCCCAUCCACAGGCUCCCACCCCCUCCCUGCAGGACUCCUCUUACCUGUUGGUGAAGGUGGGGCUGAGGGGAGAGCUGGGGGAGCAGCUGGACCUCAGUUUUCUACCUGAUGAACUCAGCACACAGGAAGACACAGCAGCAGAGACUCAGACUUCAGCUCUGAACGUGUCCCAGGACAGCGGUGUGUGUCUGAACUACAACUCCCAGGAUUCCACAGCAGCUGACCCCCAGCAAGGGGUGUUUACAUCAGGACUGGGGACCACUGCCUCCCCCUUCUGUCCCAUGACCCCCAUGACCCCUGUGACCCCUGUGACCAAGAGAUCAGGAAUCAUCCCACAGUUACAGAACAUUGUCUCCACAGUGAACCUGGGUUGUCCUCUGGACCUGAAGUUCAUCGCCCUGCAAGCCCGAAAUGCUGAAUACAACCCGAAGCGUUUUGCAGCUGUCAUCAUGAGGAUCCGCGAGCCUCGAACCACAGCGCUGAUCUUCAGCUCAGGGAAGAUGGUGUGUACAGGAGCCAAGAGUGAGGAGCAGUCACGGCUGGCAGCCAGGAAAUACGCCCGGGUGGUGCAGAAACUCGGCUUCCCUGCUCGCUUCCUGGACUUUAAGGUCCAGAACAUGGUGGCCAGCUGUGACGUUUGUUUCCCCAUCAGACUGGAAGGACUGGUCCUGACCCACCAGCAGUUCAGCAGUUAUGAACCAGAACUGUUUCCAGGACUCAUCUACCGGAUGGUGAAACCUCGUAUCGUCCUGCUCAUCUUUGUGUCUGGGAAAGUGGUUCUGACUGGAGCUAAAGAAAGAGCUGAGAUCUACGAAGCGUUUGAGAACAUUUAUCCCAUCCUGAGAGGCUUCAGGAAACAGUGAGGACUCCGACAUCACUUCCUGUUCAUUUAUAAAUAGACUAAAUUAGCGUGUGUGUGUGUGUGUGUGUGUGUGUGUGAGAGUCAGCUGUGUGUUGGAUGUUUCACCAAAUCACUGCACAGUAAAACCAACCUGAAUCAGACAUUCAUUAGAAAACUGUGAACUUAUAUCUGAUCAUUGACAAAAGUCAGAAAAUCAGCUGCUCCAGCUUUAAUCAGUGACUUGAACUUGAAUUAAUGUGGAUUAAUAAGACUUUGAUUCCUCUGCUGAUGAUUUGCCUUUAAACUGUGUGACCUGAAAGGGGAUGGAUCCAUCGUCCCUGAUGCUAUAAAGUAAAGUAAAUAGCAAGAACUUCAACAGGUCCUUGAAAAUGGUCGUUUCAAAACAGUGUCUGUGUCUUUGACUCUGAUCCAAAGUUUUUCAAAGACCUGUUCAGUCCAGUCCUUUACGGUUUGGACGUCCUCUGUCUGGUUUGACUGUAUGGCGAUCCGUGUGAUGACCCUAUUCACCAGUGUAUGGACAAUAAACUUGUUUUUCUUCUCCUCUCUGUUCAGCUCGUCACUGACUUCUCUUUGUUUCACUUGACACGUCCACUGACGUGGCUUUACCUGAUGCUUCUAGGUGAAACUGAAAACAAGCAGUGAUGUAGAAGGGAAACUGAUGUUUCAGAUGUGAGGACAGCAGCAGCUCACUUCUGCCAAACGUCUCACAGAGGUCCUUGAAAAUAAUCUUGAGAACUUUUGAGCUCGCAACAUUCUCAAGGACUCCUCUCACUCUGCAAAUGGUCUGUUUGACCUCCUGCCCUCCAGGAGGCGCUUCAGGAGCCUCUGCACAAGAACCAGCAGACUCAGGAACAGCUUUUUCCCCACAGCUGUUUCCUUAUUGAACUCAGCGCCCCUGUAACCCCCCACCUCCACCUCCCACACCAACCCUGCCCCCUGACCCCCCCAUCACCCUCACACACCAUCCAAACUCCUCACACCACCCACCCUCUUUCUCUAUAUAGUGUACAUAUAUUCAUAAACCUGCCUGUAUAGUAAGUUUAUAUUACCUGUAUGUCUGUACAUACACUUAGAUACAUAAUGCAUCUGUAUAGUAUGAUCAUAACUGUACAUAUUGUUAUCUAUUUAUUUAUAUAUGUAUGUAUAUACAGUAUGUACUGUGAACACUGUUUAUCCUGCACUUGCUGCUGUUGCU